AUGGCUCCCCCUCCCAUGAAAGCCCUGAUUGCAGUCACCUGCUACAACGACUCCUUCUACCCUGACGGAAAGAAGACCGGCGUCUACUUCACCGAGGCCUACCACCCCUUCAUGGCCUUCUGGGCCGCCGGCUUCGACGUCCAGUUUGUGUCUGAGGACGGAACCUUUGGCUACGACGAAAAGUCUCUGGACCCCAUCAACUGCUCCGACAAGGAGAUGGAGGACCUGCGAAACCCCGACAGCUCCUUUUCCAAGUGCUCCGCCAAGGUGACAACCGCCGACAAGGUCAACGGCAAGGACUACGGCAUCAUUUUCUUCGCCGGCGGCCACGGUACCAUCCACGACUUCUGCGACGCCCCCAAGCUCGCCAAGCUCGCCUCCGAGGUCUACUUCAACAACGGUAUUCUUGCAGCUGUGUGCCAUGGCCCCGCCAUCUUCAACAACCUCAAGGGCCCCGACGGCAAGCCCCUGAUCCAGGGCAAGACCAUCACCGGCUUCCACGACCAGGGAGAGACCGACAUGGGUCUAGACGAGAUUCUCAAGCAGCGAUCUCUGCCCACCAUCCGACAGAUUGCCGCCAACGUCGGCGCCAACUACCAGGCUCCUCCUGAUCCCUGGAAGGACUUCUCCCUGUCCGAUCAGCGAAUCGUGACCGGUGCCAACCCCGCCUCCGCCACCUCCACUGCCAUCAAGGCCAUCGAGCUCUACAACAAGUUGUAG